CCUAUACUACCAGUGGGGGCUAUAGGUUUGUGUCAGUCCCUACCUAUACUACCAGUGGGGGCUAUAGGUUUGUGUCAGUCCCUACCUAUACUACCAGUGGGGGCUAUAGGUUUGUGUCAGUCCUUACCUAUACUACCAGUGGGGGCAAUAGGUUUGUGUCAGUCCCUACCUAUACUACCAGUGGGGGCUAUAGGUUUGUGUCAGUUCCCACCUAUACUACCAGUGGGGGCUAUAGGUUUGUGUCAGUCCCCACCUAUACUACCAGUGGGGGCUCUAUGUUUAUGUCAGUCCUUACCUAUACUACCAGUGGGGGUUAUAGGUUUGUGUCAGUUCCCACCUAUACUACCAGUGGGGGCUAUAGGUUUGUAUCAGUCCCCACCUAUACUACCAGUGGGGGCUAUAGGUUUGUGUCAGUCCCUACCUAUACUACCAGUGGGGGCUAUAGGUUUGUGUCAGUCCCCACCUAUACUACCAGUGGGGGCUAUAGGUUUGUGUCAGUCCCUACCUAUACCACCAGUGGGGGCUAUAGGUUUGUGUCAGUUCCCACCUAUACUACCAGUGGGGGCUAUAGGUUUGUGUCAGUCCCCACCUAUACUACCAGUGGGGGCUAUAGGUUUGUGUCAGUUCCCACCUAUACUACCAGUGGGGGCUAUAGGUUUGUGUCAGUCCCACCUAUACUACCAGUGGGGGCUAUAGGUUUAUGUCAGUCCCCACCUAUACUACCAGUGGGGGCUAUAGGUUUGUGUCAGUCCCCACCUAUACUACCAGUGGGGGCUAUAGGUUUGUGUCAGUCCCCACCUAUACUACCAGUGGGGGCUAUAGGUUUGUGUCAGUCCCCACCUAUACUACCAGUGGGGGCUAUAGGUUUGUGUCAGUCCCCACCUAUACUACCAGUGGGGGCUAUAGGUUUGUGUCAGUCCCCACCUAUACUACCAGUGGGUGCUCUAGGUUUGUGUCAGUCCCCACCUAUACUACCAGUUGGGGCUAUAGGUUUGUGUCAGUCCCCACCUAUACUACCAGUUGGGGCUAUAGGUUUAUGUCAGACCUUACCUAUACUACCAGUUGGGGCUAUAGGUUUAUGUCAGUCCUUACCUAUACUACCAGUGGGGGCUAUAUGUUUAUGUCAGUUCCCACCUAUACUACCAGUGGGGGCUAUAGGUUUGUGUCAGUCCCCAACAGUACUACCAGUGGGGACUAUAGGUUUGUGUCAGUCCUUACCAGUACUGCCUGAGGGAACUCAGGUUUGUGCCAAUCCCUUAAACUUAAAGUUUAUCUGUCCCCAGCUGGUACAACUGAAGUGGUCACAUAAUGCUCGGUCAGUAUCACCGAAUUUAUAUACUUGGUUUCAUUGAUGUUGAUGCUAUACUGAAUUUGAAUUAGGUUCAAUUUGAUCAAAGUUUUUAUAUAUUGAGAGACUUAUACAGGUACAUUGUAUAUGGUUUGAUCUUUUUAGCUCACUUGGCUCUUCAGGCCAAACAAGGUUAUGGCAUACCACAGCAUCCGGCAUCCAUUCUUCUGUCCGUCCGUCAACUUUUUUAUACAAAUCACUACAAGUCAAAAAUGACUUACAUGAUUUUGUCUUAGUCUGAAGCAUCCCUAGGGAAAGUGAAACAAAUGGUGGUCAUGCACCCAGGGGCUUGAAGGGCGGGCCCAAAAUGGGAAAUUUUAAAAUCCCUCUCCUGUUGGAAUGAUUGGAUUUUGCCCAAAUUUGGUCUGAAGCAUUCUUUGGUGAAGGGGUACUAAGUUCUGUAUAAACGGUGCAUCCCUGCCCCAUAAGGCUCAACUCGGGAAAUGUAAGUUUUUCAAAGUCCUUCUUCCAAACAAGGAUAUUUUUUGUAAUUUUUAAAUGGCUUAAUAGCUAAAUUAGCUAGGUGAGUCAUGCAUGGUGUUUGGUCCUCUUGUUUCCAUAUUCAAAUAAGGAGUUUAUGGUUUGGUUUGAACUUGGAAGUUUCUUUUAUUUUUAAUUCUGAUAGGAAAAAAACGGUAUAAAUAUGUUUUAUCAUGAGUUUCUAUACUUGUAAACUAAAUCUGUAUUUUUUUAAUAAAUGUAAUAAAAUACAUGUAUGAUCAUU